GCCGCUUCACAUUCAUUUUUCGGAAAUUUCGCCGGUGCCGUCCGUGGUUUGACGGCAAAAGAUAAGAAAUUCACAGCAAAUCAUGGCGUUAAUGUACUCAAGGUUGAUUCGGUACUCGAGCAGCUGCAUCAAGCAGGGUUUCAAAUAUUGUCAGCAGACACCAAUCACACAGCAUGCUCGUGCGUUUACCAUUGGCGGCACUGAUCUCACCAAACUUGCGCCCGGCGUUCGAGAACACAUCGACAAGUAUACAAAGAUUUGCCAACCUGCCAACGUUCAUGUAUGCGAUGGAUCUGAGGCGGAGAGGAGCGCUAUUAUCAAUAUGUUAGUCAAUGAUGGUGUGUUAAGGCCAAUUCCAAAAUACCCAAAGAGUUACCUGUGCCUGACCGAUCCCGCAGAUGUUGCACGAGUUGAGAGCAAGACCCUCAUCUCCACUCCAAACAAGAGGGAUACGAUCCCGAUCCCCAAGGAAGGUGUGAAAGGCACGGUUGGGUACUGGCUUGGACCUGACGACCUGCAGAAUGCCCUCAAUGACAGGUUUCCAGGGUGUAUGAAAGGUCGGACCAUGUAUGCUAUUCCCUUUAGCAUGGGUCCUGUUGGAUCACCCCUCUCAAAGAUUGGAAUCGAGCUUACAGAUUCUCCGUACGUCGUCUCCAACAUGUACAUCAUGACACGUGUUGGUAAACCAGUCCUUGAUGCCCUUGGCGAUGGCAAAUUUGUCAAGUGUGUCCAUUCGAUUGGACAACCCCUGCCUAUGGCAAAACCAGCUGUGAACGGUUGGCCAUGCAACCCGGAGAAGGUGAUGAUAGCUCACAUCCCUGCAAAUGAUGAGAUCUGUUCGUUUGGCAGCGGUUACGGUGGAAACUCUCUGCUGGGCAAGAAAUGCUUUGCUCUCCGCCUUGGAAGCAUCAUUGCCAAGAAAGAAGGCUGGUUGGCUGAACACAUGUUGAUUCUCGGUAUCACAAAUCCCAAAGGUGUGAAGAAGUAUGUUGCUGCUGCCUUCCCAAGUGCUUGCGGUAAAACCAACCUGGCCAUGAUGACCCCCUCGUUACCUGGAUACAAGAUUGAAUGUGUUGGUGACGACAUUGCAUGGAUGAGAUUUGACGAGCAAGGAGUACUGAGAGCCAUCAACCCGGAGUUUGGUUUCUUUGGAGUCGCCCCAGGAACCAACCAUAAGAGCAACCCCAACGCCAUGUUGACUGUUAAAGAAGGAAACACCAUCUUUACCAACGUUGCACAGACUAGUGAUGGUGGUCUGUUUUGGGAGGGCCUGGAAAAGGAAGUUGAUCUGGACAAGGUGUCCGUCACCUCAUGGAAGGGGAAACCCUGGAAGAAAGGUGAUAAAGAGCCGUCGUCUCAUCCCAACUCAAGGUUCUGUACCCCAGCUGGCCAGUGCCCUGUCAUCGACCCUGCCUGGGAGGAUUCCCGAGGUGUCCCGAUUGAAGCGAUCAUCUUUGGAGGCCGUCGCCCAGAGGGUGUACCGCUAGUCUACGAGGCGUUCGACUGGGCCCAUGGUGUUCUCAUAGGUGGUGCGAUGAAAUCUGAAGCAACGUUUGCAGCUGAGCAUACAGUUGGUGGGAAAGACAGAAAGCAAGUGAUGCACGAUCCCUUUGCCAUGAGGCCUUUCUUCGGUUACAACUUUGGCCACUACAUGCAGCACUGGUUGAGCAUGCAGGAGAAACCCAACUAUAAGCUGCCCAAGAUCUUCCAUGUCAACUGGUUCAGGCGCGACACCGCGGGCAACUUCAUCUGGCCUGGAUUUGGAGAGAAUUCGCGCGUGUUGGAUUGGAUUUUCCGACGCGUGAACGGAGAGGACUGUGCCGUGACGUCCCCGAUUGGUUACCUGCCAAAGGACGGCUCCGUCAAUACGUCGGGUCUCGGCAGCGUCGACAUGAAUGAGUUGUUCCGGCUGCCGAAGCAGUUCUGGCAGGAGGAGGUCAAGGAGAUCGAGAAUUAUUUUGAUGAACAGGUCAAUCAGGAUCUGCCGAAGGGUGUUCAUGACCAGCUGAAGAAAUUGGAAGAAAGGGUCAACCAGAUGAAGUAAUAUCUUGAGGACGUUUUGUAUUGGGGUAGGGUUAUAAAACUAGAGGUUGUAGGUGAAAUUUGAUCUUGGGAGUUCUAAAACUAGCAUGAUUACUCGCAAGGAUCGUCAACUGAUUAUGGAGGUAGAAAUUUUAGCCCUGAUCAAAACAAAUUUCAAUAGUGAAGCAUAAUUGAGAGAUCAAAUACAAGGCAAAUUGUUCAUCAUAGUGUAUUGUUGUAGUGAGACAUUAUUCGGCAAGUAUAGUUUCUCCAUGGAGAUAGGUUUUAGAAUGCUAAUGCAUGCAUUCUUGAUAACGACCAAAUAGAAUAGUCAUGUUUAAUCAUACAUGUGCAAUGUACAUGUGCAUUCGUAUCCAUACGAUACAUUGGUAACAAAUCGACUUCGUAUUUUAAUUUUCUUACCUGUUAAUAAAUGGAAACAUUCAGGGUGAUUGGUCUUGGUUGUGUUGUAACAGUGCCUUGAUCUUAUUAUGUUUUAACAAGUGAAUUUCAGGGAACAUUUUUGAAGUGUGGUUUGUAAUUUCUUGCGCUGAGGAUUGUUUUCCAAGUCAGACACAUGUUGUGCAGCAUGUUCGAAUGUGUUCAUUUCUGAUCCAAUGUCACGCUCAAUACAAACAUGGCAGAUUGGCAAAGUAACAGCUUCAUGUGCAGUUUGUAAGCCACCUUGACAACAAACUGUUCAGAUAUGAAAUCCCUGUGAUUCCUAUUGAACCCGGAUUGGUAAGGUGCCUCAACCAAGUCGUAAUACUUUAUAAUGUGCCAUAGGUGUCUCAAUUCAAUUGCGCAGCUAACUGAGACUAGAUUUUCCUGUCUUCGAGAUACUUGUACGUGUAUUAGAAAAUAAAGCUUCCCAAGGCUAUCGACGAUAACAAAGCUGUCACAACGAAAAUAAUGGCUGUUGGGAUUGAGUACUCUUUGGAAGGAAAAAUAUUUUUCAACUAAAAGAGGAAUUCCUAAAUCUCUGACUAAAACUGCUUCUAGAAAUCUAUUGUGUGAAUGUGCUACAUGUAUAAACAAGAUAUUUGUUGCGUGAUAAAAAUGGUGUUGAUUAUUCAAGUGUAUUUAUGAGGAGGUUGGAGUAAAUGUGGUAAGUGACCUGUAGUGGUUAGCAGUUCUCUGUUAAAGGUGACAUGCAUGCAUGACAACCUCAGUAGCCAAGUUGGAGAACACGGCCGCCCGACCAUCAAAUGACCAACUGUACUUGAACCGUGAUGAUGACGUCCACUGACUGGUGUCACCUGGCUGCACAAAGAACAAGUUGAGUGACGAGACCUGUCACAGGGCGAGGUCACAAGAGCCCCUCUCGUCAAUAAACUUGUUGUUUGUGCGGUCAAUGGAGACCAGUUGCUGGUUGUCUAUCAUGUUUCAAGUGCAAUUGGUUGUUCGAGUGUUAUAAUAUGACCCCUGGGGGUUUAUGCAUGUACUUCAGUUGUCUUUCCUGUCUAAAACUUGAGACGAAAAAGAUUUCUCAAAAUUAAAAUUUUGUCUAGGCCUACAUUAUAUAAACUCAAAUCAACUCAGACUAAACCAACGCACUGUUACUUGCCAGAAAAGAUGAUCAGUGUUAGGAUUAUGAAAUGAUUUGUAAUCUAUUUAUGAGUAAUAAAGAGCUUGUAAAUACAUAUAGUUAAAAUAA